GCGCAAUAAUAAAAAAGUAUGUCGGUUAACGGAGUUGAAAGAACAUUUAUAAAAAUAUUGAAAGCAUUAAUUUAAAAAGAAGAAAAUGGCCGACUGGAAUGAUUAUUUCGCUAAAUCUAGGCCUCCCUCAAAUCUCGAUGAGGCUAAAAGAACAAUACAAGAUUUUGCAGUAAAACACAGACAACUUGGCAGGCAUAUUGUUUUAGUUACCAGUGGUGGAACUACUGUACCCAUUGAAAGUAAUACCGUCAGAUUCCUCGAUAACUUUAGUCAAGGAACAAGGGGAGCUUGUUCUGCUGAAUAUUUUCUACUACAUGGUUAUGCAGUGAUCUUUUUACAUAGACAAAGGUCUUAUGAACCUUUUUGUCGUCAUUUUGAAGGACAUAAUGCUUUAGACUUAUUAGAGCCACAACUUGAUUCAGCUGGAAAUUACCAUGUUGCUGUGGAUGAGCAAAGAGCUCCUGGUUUAGCUGAAGUAGUUAGAAGAUAUAAAGAGGUUCAAAAUGGAUGCCUUUUGUUAAAAAUUGGUUUCAUGACUUUGUCAGAUUAUUUGUUUUUGCUACGGGCAUCAGCUGAGGCUUUAUCAACUCUAGGUAGUUAUGUGAUGUUCUACUUAGCUGCUGCUGUGUCAGACUUCUAUAUUCCAGAGAGCGAACUGCAUGAGCAUAAAAUCCAAUCAUCAGAUGAAGGUUUAUCGUUACAUAUGACACCAACCCCAAAAAUGUUGUCACCGUUAGUAAAGGAAUGGGCAAAGAAUGCAUAUGUUGUCUCGUUUAAGCUUGAGACUGAUGUAAAUAUUAUAUCUCGUAAAGCCAGAGAAGCACUUCAGAAAUACAAUCAUCAGGUUGUCAUUGCAAAUAUUUUACAAACUCGACGGAAAACUGUUGUGCUGGUUACACCAUAUGAUGAAACUGCAAUUUGGAUGAGUGAUCAUGAAUUAGAUUUAGGCAAAGAAAUAGAGGAAAAAAUUGUAAAUGAGCUCGCCAGACGUCAUGUUCAAAUAAUUUCAGCUGUCGAUGCUACACAACAACAACAACAAAAUUCUUCAAUUGUGACAUCUAAUUUUUCUUCUCAGUAUCAGACUCACUUGCCAAAUACAUCACUUAACUCGGUUUUGCCAGGAUUAGCACCUAUCAAUGUUUAUAAUACAAUUAACACAAAAGCUGGUGUCCCAAACGUUUUACUUCAUUUAAAAAACUCUGGAGAUGCAGACAUUAAUGCAGAAAUUUUAGGAACUAAUCUUCUAAAACGUUCCGUAUCAGUUAAAGAAGAAACAAAUGGUUUAAGUACAGAAAUGCAAAGGUUUAUCUUUGAUUUCAAAUCUAGACGAGUGAACCUAGGCUACACACAAGAUGAUGUAGGUAGAGAACUUUCCGCACUUAAUGGACCAACAUACAGUCAAUCUUUUAUAUCAAGAUUUGAAGGUAAGCAGUUAGGAAUGAAAGCAGCUGAACGUAUGCGACCUAUUCUGGAAAGUUGGAUUCGAUCGAAAGAAGAUGAGCAUAACCGUGGUAAUAAAUUUUCAAAAAAGAGACGUAAAAGGACAAGUUUUUCGCCAGAAUUUAUAAACACAUUGAAUGAAUAUUUUGAAAAAAAUCCAAAGCCUUCCGUUGAAGAAAUGGAAGAAAUAGCAUAUAAGAUUAAUCUUGAUCUAAAUACAGUCAAGGUUUGGUUUUGUAAUAAAAAACAAAGUUUAAAACGGUCUACGUCUCACCCAACUUCUUUGCGUCAUGAAUUAGAUGGAAAACGAAAGCGGAAGACAGACACAGAUAUUUCUGAUGUGCUACCGUUUGCUAGUCAAGGAACUAUAAAAACUUAUCUACCGGUAUCGACCCCUACUGGCACUGUUAAUCUUCCAUUUUUUAUAAAUCAAGACGAUAACAGUAUAUCUAUUGUAUCUGGAACAUCUAACCAAGCUGGUCAUCACAAUCCAAAUGGGGUACCACAACAAUUAGUUCAUCUUUCUCAACUUCCCAUACUUACAUCAAUGUCUGUAAUUAAUAACGGACUUUCUUCAACCAAUACUAGUGACGUUAACGCUACACAUAUACUUUCUAAUGCCCGUCUGCUUUCUUCUGGAUCGGUUAUACAACUACAGGAUGGUACUUUAGCCACUCAAACACAUAUGCAGUCUAUCAACAACGCUGCUAAUUUAAAUGACGGUAGUGUUAUUUUAACAGGCAGUAUAUCGCAAAAUACAAAUUCCCUUUCUUCACCGACUCUUAGUUCAAAUCAACAACAUAAUGAAUUGCAUCUCUUGACCAGUUCUUCGCCAUCAAUCUCUGUUUCUUCAGUUCAUAAUGAUUCAAUAAAUGAUACGAGUGAUCAUAACGAUAACGGAAUAACUUUAGACAAUCGACAUAAUUUAAAACUUAAACGGGAUGUGAAUAAAACUGCAAGGCUUUUACCUCGACUUCAGGCAGAAAAAAUAAAUAACGAAGUGUCUUGAUUGUUAUAGGCCUUAAAAAAUUAUUAAUAGGAUUAGUGUCUUUACAAAUCUUCAAACAUUGAAAGUUUUUAGUUAUUCGCAAAUAUAAUCAACUAAGUUAUAUUUUAAA